AUACAGGAAGUCUUUCGAGCUGGACCGUCGGAGCAUCUUUUGCAGCAGCAUCCACCCAUCAACCUAGCUAACCUAAUACUAAAUAUGCCAAGAACUGAGGGGCAAUUCACUGAACUUAUUCAGGGCUGGACCAUGUGGUGAUGAGUGGUGUGCCAUGCAGAGGAGACACAGCAGCAACACGGAUGGCAUGCCCUCUGAAAGGAGCCGAAGCCAAACUCUGGGAUCCGAGAGCAGCCUCGAUGAGGGUGGCGUGUUUGACUGCCUGAAGCCUGACUCCCCCGCUUCACCCCAGCAGAUCUUCUCUGGCCUGGUAGGUGUCCCCUCCGGUUCUGUCUCCUCUGCCCAAUUCCAGGCAGCUGGCUUAGUCCUGGGCUCUCCCCCUGAAGUUUUUAUCCAAAUGACUGCAUCAUCCAGAGAAGAAGGGGGCCCCCACCGUACGGAGGGUGGACCUUUUCUUCCUCGGCCACCCCCGCACCACCAUCACCACCACUUCCACCACCAGCCUUUGCAGCACAGGACCUCCUCUCUGCUCCAGCAGGCCACCACGGCAGCUGGCUCAGAGAGGCACAGCUCCAGGGAAGAGGCCCAGGAGGACCCGUCUACCCCGGCCCCAGCCCUGUCUGAGUUAAAGGCAGUAGUCACAUGGCUGCAGAGAGGCUUCCCCUUUAUCCUCAUUCUGCUGGCUAAAGUCUGCUUCCAGCAUAAGCUAGGUAUUUCUGUGUGUGUGGGCAUGGCCAGCACAUUCACCUAUGCCAAUUCCACGUUUAGGCACCAAGUCUCAUUACGGGCGGAACGUUCUGUAUUUGUUGCUCUGUGGAUCAUCAUGUUCCUUGCAGGAAAUAUUGUUUAUAUCUACUAUUCGUUUAGUCAUGAGGAGCUGCACAACAGCCUCAUAUUUGCCAAGCCCAACCUCAACAGCUUUGACUUCUUUGAUCUGAUCUGGGCAGUGGGCAUCACUGACUUUGUCCUCAAGUACUUCACCAUCAGCCUGAAAUGCUUUGUCCUCUUUUUGCCCAAGAUUCUCCUGGCCUUCAAAUCCAGGGGUAAGUUCUACCUGCUGAUCGAGGAGCUGAGCCAGCUGUUUCGGGCCCUGGUGCCGAUCCAGCUGUGGUACAAGUACAUCAUGGGAGAGGACCCCUCCAACAGUUACUUCCUGGGAGCCACACUCAUCAUCAUCUACAGCCUCUGCAAGUCAUUUGAUAUCUGUGGACGUGUGUCUGCCAUACGCAAGGCCUUGGUCAUGCUCUGCAGCUCUCAGAAUUAUGGAAUAAGGGCAGGCAAUCAGCAGUGCAGCGAGGCGGGUGAUGUCUGUGCUAUUUGUCAGGCUGAUUUCAGAGACCCCAUUGCCCUUCUCUGUCAGCACGUGUUCUGCGAGGAGUGCCUGUGUUUAUGGUUCGACCGGGAGAGAACAUGUCCGCUGUGUCGCUCCACUGUCAUCGAGACCCUGCGAUGCUGGAAGGACGGCACCACCUCAGCUCACUUCCAGAUCUACUGAGUUAUGGCAACCCAUCACAUGUACCCAGCAAGAUGUGAUUGUGCUGUAACGCGAGUUAGAAAAUGGUGAUGGUGGGUCAUCUUUUGCUGUUUAUAUUAGUGCAGUAUUUUAUUUAAAUCAGGAUAAAGCAGUUGAAGUACCACACAUUACGUAGGGAGGCUAAAAUCACAUUUACCAUUUAGCAACAUGGGAUGACUUAAAAGAAACAUAAAGCUUGGUCUUUUGUCAGUUUUCGAAUUGGACUAUAGUCAUAUUGUUAUGGCAAAAAUCCUGUUUGUGUACAUAUAGACUUAGUCCCUGUUUACUCUAAACACAUGAUAGAAGAAUCUAACUUCUAACAAAAUUUUGAUUUAUUGUGGUGGUAAUAUAAAUUGUCACAGCAUUCACACUCUUUGUUGUAAAUUUAGUCAUUUUUGGUAUACUCAAAGAUUUUGUCAUCUCAUCUGUUUGCUGUCUAUAUAACUUGCCCUAUUAUAUUACUCGUCAAGUUUUGCAAUAUUCAUUUAAAAAUGUGAUCUUUACCCUUUGAACACAACAUGAUGUCUUGGAAUGAUAGUAAGUACAAAAUCAGUAGGUUUGUAUGUACAGUUAGUUCUUUGUAAGCAACCGAUUUAUUAGGUAUUGCGUAAUGAACACAAGGAGGUGUGUGCCAGCAAGGCACCAUAUUCAUAAAUGUAAAUGUGCUGUAUUUAUAUAGCGCUUUUCCAGUCUUAACAACUGCUCAAAGCGCUUUUACAUCUACAGGAAACAUUCACCAUUCACACACAUUCAUACACUGUGGCCGGGGCUGCCGUACAAGGUGCCACCUGCUCAUCAGAUAAACACUCACACACAUUCACACUCCGAUGCGCAGCACCGGGGGCAACUCGGGGUUCAGUGUCUUGCCCAAGGACACUUCGACAAUGACUGCAGGGGCAGGGAUCAAACCACCAACCUUCCGAUUGGCAGGCAACCGCUCUACCACUGAGCAACAGCCGCCCCUAACCUUUUUUAGAUUUCCAAAUUCCCAUUUGCAUAUUCAUUGUGAGGGAGCUCAUGUCUGUUAAUUUUUUUAUGUUGUUCCAAACUUUUAUUUCAGUGUUAUUCCUUAUGAAUAUUGUUUGUAUGAAUCAUUUCCUUUAGAAUAGUCAUUCUCGGGUUGCAUAAUAGACACUGACUUUAAUGCAGAAUGCACUGCGGUGCAGAGGUUCUCCGUUUUAAAUUAAAGCACUUUAGCUCA